CUGCUAUGUAAACAACAAUGGGGCGACAACACAGACUGAUCACAGACAGUUAAAAAAACAUGUUUAACAGCCAAAGAGAAAGAUAAGAAAGCCAGGAAGGAUGAUGGAAGAUGCGAAUGCUGAGUGCAAGAAGUUCUGCACAGAAUGGGGACACUUCCACAAGGUGACGCGUAUCUUGGUAAAGGCAAUUCGGAGAAUACACCAUGGAGUGAGAGCUGAACAUGCACAGCUCAAAGGAGAAGAAAAUACUUCAGAAUUAAGAUCAAAAUUUUUAACUAGGCAUGAAACAGCUUUUAAGAAAGUGGUUAUUGGCCUGCAGGAUUAUGCAGCAAAUUUUCUGGAAAUGGAAAAGCAGUUCAAAGAGUUAUCAAAAAACAGUAGUAAAUAUUGUGAAAUUCAGUUUAAUAGAGUCGUAGAAAAACAUUCUCAGGUGUGUGUGCAACGAGAUACGAUACUCUAUUCUGUAGAAAGUAUGAUAAAGGCUCAGUUGAAAAUCAUAGCAGGAAAUUUUAAUGAAAAUUCAGAAAAUCUAGAGGAUGCUGGAAUCUUUAAUACAAUAGCUGCAUAUAAUGAAAUCCUAAUUGAACUCAAGAGAAACAUUCCAGAAAAAGAGGAAGAUGAAUAUGAAGAUGAAGAUGAAGAAGAAAAUGAUGCUACACUUUAUAGACUAGUAAUGCCUGAAAAUUUAAUUCCUCCAUUAUCGUGCUUGAAACAAAUCACAGCUUCUAAGAUACUACAGAUAGUUGGCCGAGAGAGAGCACCACAAGUCACUAAGUGCAUAGCAGAUACUUUUAUGAAAGAGUUUAAGAUGCCUCCUGAAAAUGGAACAAUGUUACCCUGGAAACCUAUAAGUUAUAGUGCAAAAUCAGGUUUGCUGAAUGGUGAUAUAUUUGAAGAUGCCAUAGCCAAGGAAGAAGACGAGAAUAAGCUAAAUCAGCGGAAACUUGAUAUGGCUCUUCGAAUGGAGUUUGGAGAUGACUUUCCUGGAACAGAUUAUCUGCCUGCAAACGAUGCUGGAGAUUGCAAUACUCCUUUGAACUGUACAAAAGUGAAUACACUUAUAAAAACCAACACUGAAUUAUUAGAACAACUUGUGGACAAGUUUACCAAGACUACAGGUGUAUUAGUGAAAGGAAUGGUCAAGCAGAGCAAAUCUGGAGAGAAACGUCUCACUAAAGCUGCUAGAAAUAGAAUUGAGACAUACUAUGUGGAGAGAGUAUGGGGUGAAGGUUCAGAAUUUGUGGAGGAACUUGUUUUAUGGGUCCCUCCAGCAGAAAGACCUCCACCCUUCCCUCCACCAGCUUUGCUCACACCUCUUCAGUUGUUUCAAUUACUUGGUAUCUUCCAACAAUACUGCAAUAAAUGCCUUAUACCAGAAUCUUGUUACACAAGUUGUGAGGGAAUAGUUGAUGAAUGUCGGCAUUUAGCAACAACUUCAUUCAUUGAUCGGAAUAUGGUCCGUGGUAUUGGGACUUAUGCUCGAUCAUCUCCUGAGCCAUAUAAGCUUUUAGAUGGAAAUUAUUCUACUAUAGGUGGAGAUGGCAUUGGUGAUGUGGUACAGCUAUUAGUGUGGGAAAUUAAUGAGAUUGAGAGAGCAGAAGUUGAAAAAGAGCCCAAAGAUUGGCCUGUUGGAGAUGAGGUUGGCCUUAUCCUUAGACUUGGGGCAGUCGUAUCUUCAACUCUAUCAUGGCUUAGACUUCGAGCAAGCUACCUGCUGCACACUUGGAACACAGCGCCAUACUACCUCCUUACACAAGCGGACCUACCUAGGAUAAUUGAGGAACUGAAGUUGCUUCGGGUACAAGAGAGAGACAACCUCAUUAAAACAGAUGAUUUUGCACGUCUUUUGUAUGCCAUGUCAAGAGACAAGCUUGUUGUGAUGCUGGAAAAGUUGGUUGACUCUGUCAAGGACUAUGAACAGGAGACUGUAGGUGCUGUUAGUGCUGUAUGCCGCACAGUGAGCCUAGCCCAGUUACAGAACUCUAUGCCACAUCCUCGUAUCUGGCGAGGAAUAGGCCGGAUCCCACAUGAACCACACUACUAUGUUUAUGAGUAUAUCAAUGCUGUGUUAGAGCCAGUUUUGGAUGCUGUUUCAAAGCUAGGAGUGGUUUUACAACGUCGAGCGGGAGCCACUGUUUUGAAGGUUGUUUGCUAUGCAUGGCUGGAACAUAUCCGUGUUCAAAAAAUAAAAUUUUCCCUAUGGGGAGCUCAACAACUUUUAAAAGAUUUCCAUGCCUUAGCUGAGUGGCUUCAGAAAUACCCUGGCUUAGCACCAGAAGCUCGCACACAGGUAUUGGCUGUUGAUGUGCUGCGAGAGUGUGAAGGUGUGGCAAGGUUGCUCAUGAGACAGCCUCCUCUUGUCGUAGGAUACACAUCUCAAAAUCAAGUUGUACCUAUGGGUCCCAUUACUGCUGGUCGAAAACAUGACAAAGAAGUCAAGCUUAGCACAGACAAUGAUGACAUCCCAGCAGAAAUGUACGUACCAAACCAGCAACUGUGGCUGUCACUCAGGGCUCGGCCAGCAUCCUCAGUGUGUGUCAAAAUGGGUGCUUGUUGUUCUUGGCCAUACUAAGAGGUGUUAGCAGUGUUUGUGAUCAGAUGAUUAUGCAAUUUCCCAAUCCCCUGGCUGUUACAUGUGAUGUUGCAAAGGGUAUUAAGGCCACAUCAAUUUUAUUUGUUGCUUCUCGGAUUUUUCCAGGAAAAAAAAUGCGAAAAGUCUGGGGUGAAGAUGUAGGGCUUACAGAACAUAGAGAAUAACUGGAUUAUUCAAGUUUUCAGCUUUUCAUGGCACGUUUUAUGUAAUGAAUCCCGUCCCUAGAUCUAUUACUACAACUCAGAAGAAACAACAAUGUUUUUGACUGAAUUAACUUGUAAUGCAUUUACUACUAUUAAAGUUAUUUUUGGUUUGUACGAUGUCAAUCCAAAGUUUUAUAAGCCAGUAAAAUUUUUAAAGACAAACAACCCGUACCCAAAAAACAAAAACCCAUACAACAAUAAAUGUUUUCUGUGUCGGGUCCCUUUCCACUGACAUUUUGCUGUUUUCUUUGGCAUGCAAACUUUCAGCUUUACAAAAAAAAUAUUGAUCUGCUCUACUGUCUACAUGUUCUAUAAACUACUCUAUAAUUAAACUUAUAGUUUAAAACUACAAGUUUAGUUUAGUUCAAGAGUUUAGAGUGGCGCACACCAGUACACAACAAAUUCUUCUAAGGUAACAUGUUGUAUUGAAAGAUAGAAUGCUUCCUGAUUGGUUGUCCUCUAGCACGUGACUACAAAGAAGCUCUCUGAUUGGUUUCUGGCAGCAUGUGCCUCUGAUAGUAGUAAUAUUUACAGGUGUGCGAAAGCAAAACCUGUUGUGGUUUCGGGUUCAGCCUUUUUUUUCCAAAAUGCAAAAAAAAUGAAGCAGCAAAUCCGAGAAGCUACAAAAAAAAUUGGUGUGGCCUACUCUGUUCUUCAGUUAUUUCUUGAACAUAUUCUUUUCUAAACCAUUCUUUCUCUCAUUCAUGCACUGUUGGUACAAACUUCAUGCAUCAUGCAUAUAUAUCUUGAGCAGAAGGUUAGCUAUUAGCAAAGCUUUCCCAAAUAAAUUAUUCAUAAAAUUUACAUCAUUUAAGAGUCAUUAAUAAACUCAUUAUCUGUAAGAAAAUGCAUUAGUUAGAAUGCCAUAAUAAAUUAUAAGGAUACUAGUCAUGUUCUGCUAGUCAUAUUCAUCACCAUGAGCUCUUACUAAAAUUUACAUGUAUGUAGUAAGUAAGAUCAAUGUAAUUGAUUUUACAGCAAUGCACAAAUCUAUAGUAAAUGCUCAUGUAUGGACUGGCCUUAGUGCAAACCUGCACUUACGGCUCAUAAGUGAGUAUUACAUGGCUGGUCUUUUAAUAUACAGUGAUAUUCCAUCAGAUGGAUAGGCUAGGUAUACUUUGUUGUAUUGUUGAAUUUUAAACUCUAUAAUUUUUUUACUAGCUUUAAAAUUAGAAUGCAGCAACCAGGUUCAGUAUGCCAGUAUUUUACUAAAUUUAGUUAAAUAUCAGUCAUACAGUUUAGUAUUGAAAUUUAAUUUUAUGCAGACAUUUAAUAAAUUGUUUUCAAAUAUGCUUUAUAACAUAGGGAUGUAUAUUAGGACCAGUAUUAUCUAGGAACACUGCUACACAAGGGAACACAGAAAGUAUAGUUUAUAGAAGAAAAAAAUAAGUCAUUUAGGCAAUGCCUUUUGUGCAGAUGUGGAAAUAUAUGGUAAAAGGAAAAAAAUGCUUAGAUUCCUUAAGUUCUUAAUAAGUUAAUAAUCAUAUUACUUUUAUUUUUGUCAGUUUUUUUUUUCCUGCAAGUAAUUGAAUGUAAGAGAUGUUUGAUAUACUGCUAGGGAAAUCUAUACAUUAUCUUUUAUUUGUCAGCUUAUUUGGUACAUGUUAUAAGCAUAAUAUGACAAAAAGAAACACCAUAAAGCAGUUCCUUGGA